GAGGCAGCAGGUGAAGCAACCAGCAACACGGAGGCGCUAGUCGUGUUGCGAUCGUGACCGAGUGAACCACAAGCCAAUAUUAACUUUUUUGGGGGAUGGUACACGCACCGAGCAUUUUUCUUGCAAGGGGUAAUUAAAAUGUGUGUCAGAAAUGGAACGGUUUCUAGACGAGGAGAAUAGAACUCUGGCACAAAUAAUGGAUCCUUCGGAUUACGUGGUAACCGUCAAUGAGACCGACCUGGAAAACGAAAUUCCUGAAAAUCAGGAUCCGGUCACGAUGAUGUCAAUAUUGGUAGUGGGAACGUUCUUGACUCUGCUUAUCUUCCUCUCCGUGGCAGGCAAUAUCCUGGUGUGCGUGGCCAUCUACACCGACCGCGGUUUGCGACGCAUCGGCAACCUCUUCUUGGCCUCCUUGGCCAUCGCCGACCUGUUCGUCGCCUCUUUGGUGAUGACCUUCGCCGGCGUAAACGACAUUUUAGGCUAUUGGAUAUUCGGUGCCCAAUUCUGCGACACAUGGGUAGCCUUCGACGUAAUGUGUUCGACAGCGAGCAUAUUAAACCUGUGCGCUAUAUCACUAGAUAGAUACAUUCACAUUAAAGACCCCCUGAGAUAUGGAAGGUGGGUGACAAGACGAGUGGCUUUAGGAACAAUAGCAACAAUAUGGCUUCUGGCGGCGCUUAUAUCGUUCGUUCCCAUUUCUCUGGGCUUGCACCGGCCUCCGCAGCCCCUCGUCUACAAUGCCGGGGGCCAAAACUAUCCGACGUGCGCACUUGAUCUCACUCCCACUUACGCUGUCGUCUCGAGCUGCAUCUCCUUCUACGUUCCUUGCAUUGUCAUGAUCGGUAUUUACUGCCGCCUUUACUGCUACGCUCAAAAACACGUGAAGAACAUCAGAGCCAUCACGCGCCCCAUCGACCUCCCCGAGAAUAGCAGCACGAAAAAGAGCAUGAAGCAGAAGAACAAAGCCCUCCACAUCCACCUGCACAACCACCACAGUUCUCCCUACCACGUAAGCGACCACAAGGCCGCCGUCACCGUGGGCAUAAUAAUGGGUGUGUUCCUCAUCUGCUGGGUGCCGUUCUUCUGCAUAAACAUCGUGGCGGCGUUCUGCAAAACGUGCAUUCCGGACAUCACCUUCAAGAUCCUCACUUGGCUCGGCUAUUCAAACUCCGCAUUUAAUCCCAUCAUCUACUCGAUCUUCAACACCGAAUUUCGGGAGGCUUUCAAACGGAUUCUAACCGCCCACUACCCGGCCUGGUGUAAAUGCGGCUACCAAUCCGUUUCGUUGAACACUAACGACAAGUUCGUCACGGAUUACGGCACGAAAACGGUGAUUGUGAACGCGAGGAGGAACGGCUCCUUCGGCGAGUACUCCAGCGAACAUCUCAGCACCGAGUCGGUGCACCAGACGAGAGUCAACUCCACCGAGAGGGACCUCUUCGGCGAGGGCGUCAGCGCCAUUUGACAGGACUGCGAUCAUCUGCAAGACACGAUGGUUUAACACGGCGCAAAGAUGUUCUUCUCAAAAUGGCUGUGGAUUACUAAUUUCAUACGUAAAUUUACAUUUCUAUGUACUGUAGAGGACCACUAUGUCUCUCGAGGCGUCGUCUUCAUGGCUUAAAGACGGACGAUGUCUACUUCUAGUCUUAAAUGUGAUCAAAUCAUAUCAGUUUCAGUCUUCGUCAAGUAGCAAUACUUCAAUGAGGUUGUGAUACGUUCUAGUCUCCAAACAGUUGUGGCACUAUUUGAUCGGGCUCGGUCAGAGAACAAAUAUUUACAUUGAAUCAACGCUCCGGAAAACUUUUAUUGAUCUAUCUCUUUUUUCCACUCUUCAUUGCCAAUAAAACAAUAAGAGAUUCUUUGCUUCCUUUUUCAAAUGAUUUGAAAUACGGUUGAAAAACUCGGUUGUUAUUUAUAGGAAAAAAUGAGUUUCUCAAUCAUAUGAAAUCUAAAUAUUGUCUAAAUACACUCGUAGGUAUAAUCGCUAACAUCGCAAAAUUCUUAGAUGAAAUGUUCAAAUUUCAGUCACAAUUUGUGGCUAUUAGAAAAAUUUGACCAUUUCACUAACUUAAUUUUCCUCGAUACA